CGGGCAUCUCAUUGACCUACUAAAUCUUACUCUACCCCGGCUUCUGCUUGAGGCGGAUAUCUCCCAAGAGUGAUUGGGCGCCUUCCGGCUUCUCAUCUCACAGCCUAGGGGUCUUAAUACUCAUUUCUUUCCACGACAUCUCCAUUGCAACCUACAUCACGCUCUUGUCAUGGCUGAAGAAGAUGCUGAGAUGGCCUUCUUCCAGGCCCAGGCAAUGAAUGCGGACCCCAUGGAUUAUAAGGCUGUGGAAGAAGAGCAGGGCGCUAGUUCGGAUUCAGAUGAUUAUGAUCCUUCGAAAACAUUGCAAGAUCAAUAUCCCGCCUCUUUACCGGAUUCCAAGCAAAACGAAAAUGCCUCUUCAAAUGCUUCUCCUUCAGAUUCCAAUUCCCCUACUCAACCUCUUCCCCCUGACACGGAUCCCAGUCAGCCAGCGGACAGUGCCUAUCCUUCCCAGACACCAUCUCGAGCUGAAUCCCAGGCAUCAGCAUCGGCGCCUGCGUCGGGUACUUCUGUACCACUGAAGACAAGGACUAUUGGGGGCUUUGUGGUUGAGGAUGAAGAUGAGGAUGACGCGGGUGAUGCGGAUUAUGAGCCACCAGCUGUACUAGGUGUCGAGGACAUGAAUACUAUAUCUAUGAAUGUGCCUCAGCAGCCCAUUUCAGGAAAUGCAAAUGAAGAUACUCCUACCCCUGAUGUAUCAGUGGAUGAUGCUAUGCAGGCAUCUGCCAACGCAAAGAAUAUCUCCAAUAGCUCUUAUACCCCUGCUUCUGGUACAGCUUCUAAAAACGAGGCGCCUGCGCCUGUGAACCAGAAUAUGUACAACUCACGUACUUUGCAGUCUGAAAAUAUUCAAGAUAGCGCUGCAGCUACGCCCACUCCUGAUUCUCCCUCGACCUCGAAGGGUCGGUUGCCUCACGACCGCAUUGGUAUCUUGGAGGACAGGAUACAAGAAGACCCACGAGGUGACAUCCCGGCAUGGCUCGAGUUGAUUAAUGAGCACAAAGGUCGCAAUAGAAUCGACGGUGCCCGUGAAGUGUAUGAGCGCUUCUUGAAAGCGUUUCCCUUCUCUGCUGAACAGUGGGUGGCAUAUGCAAACAUGGAGUCUGAGCUCAACGAGCUGUAUCGUCUGGAGCAGAUAUUUAAUAGAACCCUUUUAACAAUUCCUGACGUCCAGCUCUGGACUGUAUAUCUGGACUACGUUCGUCGGCGUAACCCUUUGACAACUGAUACUACUGGUCAAUCAAGGAGGAUAAUUUCAUCCGCCUACGAUUUAGCACUUCAGUAUGUCGGAGUAGAUAAGGACUCCGGAUCCAUUUGGACGGAUUAUGUCCAGUUCAUUCGCUCUGGCCCAGGAAAUGUUGGUGGUUCCGGGUGGCAGGACCAGCAAAAGAUGGAUUUGCUGCGCAAGGCUUAUCAGAAAGCUAUUUGCGUACCCACUCAAGCUGUCAAUAAUUUGUGGAAAGAAUAUGACCAAUUCGAGAUGGGUCUAAACAAACUUACGGGAAGGAAGUUUCUCCAAGAGCAGUCACCCGCAUAUAUGACCGCUCGCAGCUCUUAUACAGAACUGCAGAAUAUCACAAGGGAUCUGAAUCGGACGACCUUGCCUAGGCUGCCUCCUGUUUUAGGUUCAGAUGGUGAUAUUGAAUUUGGGCAGCAGGUCGAUAUCUGGAAACGCUGGAUCAAGUGGGAGAAAGGGGACCCACUUGUUUUAAAAGAGGAAGACCAGACAGCUUUCAAGGCCCGUGUAAUUUACGUGUAUAAGCAGGCCCUCAUGGCUCUCAGGUUUCUUCCAGAGAUAUGGUUUGAAGCGGCUGAAUUCUGCUUCCUAAACGACAUGGAGGAAGAAGGGAAUAAGUUCCUAAAAAACGGCAUAGACGCUAACCCGGAGAGCUGUCUUCUUGCGUUCAAACGUGCUGACCGACUAGAAAUUACCUCAGAGUCCGAGCAAGAUCCAAUAAAGCGAGGUGCCGAGGUCAGAGAACCUUAUGACAAGCUUCUUAAUGCGCUUUACGACUUAAUUGCUAAGGCACGCACGCGAGAAUCUCAAGAUGUCGCGCGGCUUGAGGAAGCUUUUGCGAAAAUAAAUUCUGAUACUCAGCUGCCCAGGGCAGACGAUGAUGACGACGACCAAAGUGAUUCGAAAGCAAGGGAGUCUGUGAAGAAUGCCCAGGUCGAAGCGCUGCGCAAUGCACAUGCCAUGCAGAUUGGUAUUCUUUCUAAAACAGUCUCUUUCGCUUGGAUUGCCCUCAUGCGCGCAAUGCGUCGUAUACAAGGCAAGGGUAAGCCUGGUGAAAUGCCUGGCUCAAGACAGGUGUUCGCGGACGCUCGCAAAAGAGGACGCAUCACGAGUGAUGUCUAUAUUGCAAGUGCACUCAUUGAAUAUCAUUGUUAUAAGGACCCGGCAGCGACAAAGAUCUUCGAGCGUGGUGCAAAGCUAUUCCCUGAGGACGAAAACUUCGCGCUCGAAUACCUGAAGCACUUGAUUGAUAUUAAUGAUGUCAUCAAUGCUCGUGCAGUCUUCGAGAUGACGGUAAGGAAACUGGCGUCUAAUCCUGAAAAUGUGCACAAGACGAAACCCAUUUUUGCUUUUCUUCAUGAAUAUGAAUCUCGAUAUGGCGAUUUGGUCCAAGUCAUAAACCUGGAGAAUCGUAUGCGCGAAUUGUUCCCUGAGGACCCAACAUUAGAGCAGUUUGCCCAUCGAUACUCUAGCCCUGCUUUCGACCCUACAGCGGUGCGGCCGAUUAUCUCUCCCUCCCAGACAAGGCCCAAGACAGCUUUUUCAACGGACCAACCCGUGUCUCGUCAUGGUACUCCAUCUUCGAGAUACCCUGAUGCGUCGGUAACGAACUCGCCGAAAAGACCGUUGGAAGACUUUGAUGACGAUCUGAAUCGACCACGCAAGUUUAUUCGGGCCGACUCCCCGCUGAAAACAACCCAAAGGCGACAGCUGGAUACUCAAAAGCGUACCCAGCAAGUCAUCAGUAGUCAAACUGGAUCUCAAUUCCGGUCCCAAGGCUCACCUGCUCCACUACCUCGUGAUAUCGUUUAUCUCUUGAGCAUAAUUCCUUCGGCGACGGCCUACAACGCUGGUCGAUUUUCCCCAGAAAAGAUGGUCGAACUCAUUCGGAGGAUAGACAUGCCCACCUCCAUCUCUCAGAUUCCGCUUCCGCAGUCUGCCCGCGGGCUUGGAUUUCCUGGUAUCUAUCGUCCACAGUAAUUUCUCAACGAACAUAGUCACGGCUCCUAGCAUUGCUUGAUGAUAAUGCGCAGCAUCCGAACAUCUUGAUCUCGUAUGGCAGACUUUGCCUGGCGUCUCGCAUCGAUUUUAACCACAUCUCAUCGACCUGGCUUGUUUUAGAUCUGUACUCAUUGUUUAAUGUCGCUUACAUCUGACGAACGGCGUUAUCUUUUGGUUUGGCAAAUUGUCAUGAAACCCCUAGUAGCUGGGAACUACAAGCGGAUAUCACUCGUUGACCUUCUUUUGGGUUGGAUAUAUUAUCCGCUCCAAGUCGGGUUUGUACAGUUUUCCUUUUAUAUUCCUUGGCGGCCUCCAAUGCCAGUUUGAAAACGAUAACUAGGAAGAUAUGGUGGGUUGACGGAGGGGAGAUUUUGUUUCUUUCUAGGGCACGAACCGUGUGAUCUACUCAAUUCUCAGGAUACCUCUCGAGUCAAAAAUGUCUUCCUUCUACAUUUUUAACGGCUUUUGGAUGUAUUCUUUAAAUGGCGAAGUUCCUCGCCUAAGUAGAAGCCGUGUGGAUGUACAUACUGCCGAGCCGCUGCCUUCAUAUAGUAUCUAUGAAAUGUGCCACAACGGUUCGGGGCACAAGGUUGGAGACACCAAUAGGAUAUGAUUUCGCCUGAGAAUGAACUCUCCUGCAGUUCCACA